UUUUUUUUCAGUCUUCUGCUUCUCGACUCUUUGCUGUCUUCUCUUCUCCUUGCUCUUUCACGGCUUCUCGGAUCGCUUAAUAAUCAUUUACUUCCAGACAAUUAUCCGCAAGUCAUCCGCUAAUCCAUAAAUUCGACCCGUCGUAUUGAGAAACCCGAUGGCUCGUCGAUCCGUACCGAUUCUCAAGAACCUAAUCGCGAGAUCUUCCACGCCGCACUCCGCCGCCUCCGGAUUGAACCAUCCGAUACGAUCCGUGACCUAUAUGCCCCGACCUGGGGACGGAGCGCCGAGGGCGGUGACCUUGAUCCCGGGGGAUGGGAUAGGGCCACUGGUCACAGGGGCGGUGGAGCAGGUGAUGGAGGCCAUGCACGCGCCGGUGUACUUUGAGAGGUAUGAGGUGCACGGAGACAUGAAACGUGUUCCGCCGGAGGUGAUCGAGUCCAUACAGAAGAACAAAGUGUGCUUGAAGGGAGGGUUGGCCACGCCCAUGGGAGGUGGUGUGAGUUCGUUGAACGUGCAGCUGAGGAAGGAACUUGACCUAUACGCGUCGCUCGUGAAUUGCUUCAACUUGCCUGGAUUGCCAACGAGGCACGAAAAUGUGGAUAUUGUGGUGAUUAGGGAGAACACCGAGGGAGAGUACGCCGGGCUUGAGCACGAGGUGGUUCCUGGUGUCGUUGAGAGCCUUAAGGUGAUCACAAAGUUCUGUUCAGAGCGCAUUGCAAAGUAUGCAUUUGAGUAUGCUUACCUGAACAAUAGAAAGACGGUAACUGCUGUGCACAAGGCAAAUAUCAUGAAGCUUGCCGAUGGUUUGUUCUUGGAAUCCUGUCGUGAGGUUGCAACAAAAUAUCCAGGCAUCAAGUAUAAUGAAAUUAUUGUGGACAACUGCUGCAUGCAACUUGUUUCAAAACCUGAGCAAUUUGACGUCAUGGUCACACCCAAUCUCUAUGGAAAUCUAGUUGCAAAUACAGCUGCAGGUAUAGCUGGUGGCACAGGAGUCAUGCCAGGAGGGAAUGUGGGGGCCGAUCAUGCUGUGUUUGAGCAAGGCGCUUCAUCAGGGAAUGUUGGCAAUGAGAAAAUAUUGGUGCAAAAGAAGGCAAACCCAGUUGCACUUUUUCUCUCGUCCGCCAUGAUGCUGAGACAUCUCCAGUUUCCCUCUUUUGCAGAUCGCUUAGAAACUGCUGUCAAACGGGUAAUUUCAGAGGGAAAGUAUAUGACGAAAGACCUUGGAGGAAUAAGUACGACCCAGGAGGUUGUUGAUGCUGUGAUUGCCGCCUUAGAGUGACCAGAAAGACUUGUAUUAAGCCAUUUUUGCUUUUAGAGAAGUUUGUUGAUCCGGCUGGAAGUAUUGUCUUCCCAUAUUCUUUACUUCAUAUUUUCACCUACGCCAUUGUUCAAACUUUCAUCUCUCUCUGUGCGGGAAAGCAUCCAUUUCGUUUCAAGUAAACCCUAUAUUGGAUUGGAUCCCGUUAACAUUAGUUUUUUAGUUGAAAUGGUUUGAGAGUAUUGUUUUAUGUCAUUUUAGUCAAGGCAUUGACAUUAAAGAGAAUUUUGAAGGACAAGGCAUUAUUGUUGUUUUCCUGA